UCAAACCUUUAAAGUGUAGAAAAAAUUAAACAAAAUUUGGUUUUUGAUUUGCCAACAGCAACCGAAGCGACAUCUGCGCGUGAUAAUUUUCAAAAUUUUAAACCACGAUUUUCAGUUAAACCGUGCAAAUAUUGACAUUUUAGUUUCAGCACGACAUACACACAAUACACAUUGUAAUGUGUAAAGCAAGCAUAACUUUUACAACACUUUUGUCCAUAACGCAAAAAGACUAAUUAUUCAUUUAGCUCUUUUUUUGAAAUUUCAAAUUCUAAUUUCAAGUAGAAAAAAUUGAGAAGUGAAAAUAAGAGAAUGGAAUCAUUUGAAGAUCCAGCACCGAUUUUAUUGCGACAUUUUCGUGGCCAUCAUGGACCGAUCACUUGUCUGGCAUACAAUUCCAAUCAACAUUCCAACAAAUUGGCCUCAUCAUCGACGGAUAAAUCAGUUAAUCUAUGGAACACCGAAGACAGAAUCAGAUGUUUCAAAUUUUCUGGGCAUUCAGACAUAGUGAACGGUGUUGCAUGGUCUCAUAAUGGACAACUCAUGGCAACCGCAUCAAAAGAUCGAACAAUUAAGGUAUGGGUGCCAACUGUACGCGGAUCAUCGUGUACUUUUCCAGCAUUGUCGGCUGUUCGCAGCGUUGAAUUUCAUCCAAAAGAUAGAAAAUUGGUCACAGCUACCGAUGACAAAGCCGUCAAAUUGUGGAGCAUUGACACAAAACGGUUUGCACAAUCGUUUUUGGGACACACAAAUCGUGUAAAUUGCGCAAGAUAUUCACCAAGCGGCAAAACAGUGGCUUCUUGUUCAGAUGAUCGAACAUUAAAAUUAUUCGAUGUAAACAGUGGCGAAUGCGUUCAAACAUUUACUGAACGUGGAAAUGUUCAUGGAAAUGAUGUUGCUUGGCACCCAAAUGGUGGUCUAAUUGCAAUUGCUCUCAGCAAUAGUCAAAUAAAAAUCUUCGAUAUAAAAGCUCGCAAACUCAUACAACUUUACAGUGUUCAUUUGGACGGUGUCAAUUCGAUUGCAUUCCAUCCAAGCGGAAAUUUGAUGAUAACAGCCAGUGAAGAUGGUUCAACGAAAGUAUUGGAUUUACUAGAAGGUAGACCGAUUUAUACGUUGGUAGGACAUGAUGAUGCCGUUACGGCAGUCACAUUUUCGGGCGAUGGCAGCAAUUUCGCCACAGCAAGUAAAGAUAAGCAGAUUAUGCUCUGGAGCUUGAACAUGGAUAUAAUCAAUGAUAAUGAUAUUUCAUCUGCUCAACGCAGUAUCGAAAAUGAUCGAAACAUGGGAAAUAUACUUGAUACAUCAGUUAUGAUUGACCCAAGAAAAACAACACACUACAAAUUCUGCCCCGACGACUACGACAUUAUGGAAUAAUGAGUACAAAUAUCACGCGUUAGCAUACCCAAACAUCGAGUUUAAUUUAAGAUUUUGAAUGAAACAAAAAAGAAACUGUUCAAUUUAUCCAACUAUUUAAUGUUAUUGUGAAUUAUACAAAAUGGUAGCUAUUAUAUGUGUUGUAUCACACGCUCACGCC